UCUCACGGAGAAGUCGCCGAUUUGACGCUAAUAAUUCCAGCGAUAUCCCAUGAUUCUGCGUAGACAUUUAUUAUCAAAGGCAUCAAUUCGUCUUUCCAUUUCCCCAUCUAGUGUCCAUGUCUCACAGCCAUAGAGUAAUAUAGGGAGCACAAGGGACUUAAAGUUCCAGAUCUUUAUCCUUUUGCACAGGUAUCGACAACGCCAUAUACUCGUGCUGAGCGAGUCCAUUACACCGAGGGCCAAACCAAUCCGCCGUAAGACUUUUUGGCGAGUCACCGUUGUUCUGAAUUACGCUACCAAGGUAUGUGAAAUUUUCCGAGAUGUCCUCGCCACACGCAUGUAAGAUGAAGGAAUUAAAAAUAUAUGAAUUGUGUAAAAUACAUAAUUAUUUGGUGACAUAGUUCAUUGCGAAAUAAAAAUAAAAGUAGAGAAGAUCGACUAGGUAGGUAUUAAUGGCAUAUUCCUUCCUCUCCACCACUGCUCUUUUGGCCACUCUUCUCUAGUAUUUUUUUUUUAGGAGCAGUGCUUAGCGGGCUUUUUUUCCAUGUCGUUACCUUUGAGCUGCUUCCUUAACUGUAAAAAAAAUCAAUCAAAGAAGGAAGAUUAAUUGCCUAAUCAGUGAAUAGGCAGACUGACAGAAGACAAACCACCGAGGCGACUCUGAGGGUUAAAGGUAACAUUGAUAUAUAGAAUAAAAUGAAGAAAAGAGGAUCUACAUCAUGUCCAUUAUAAAGAAGAAGAAGAAGAAGAAGAAGAAGAAGACAGCAUGGCGUGGCUGGCAGCACCGUUGCCAUGGGGACGAGACGCCUCACUCCGCGUGGAGAGACAAACAUAUCAAUGCGGAAGGCGGCUGUGUGAUAUCUCCAACAUCGGUUUCAUUCAGGCAUCCUGUGCAAUGUAAACCGAAAUCGAAGUCAAGGAGACGCUUCGAACCCCAGAUAAAUUCAUAUUGCUGGCACACUGGGGUUACCCUGCCGUCAUAAUGAGUGGGCCGCCGGAAUUAAAGGUUGGAUUUGGCAAGGACAAGUGGCGAAGGAUGAAGAGCACGUCUGAGGAUGCCUCCAAGAGUGAUGAGGACAUUAUCAGAGCGGUGCUAGCCAAGUUCCACGUGCCCAAGAAGGUGGUGGUGCCGAGCCCUUAUGUGCCGCCGCUGGAGCAGGAGUUGUUUGAACACAGUGGGCGCUCCGUUCGGCAGCUCCACCAGGAACUUGUGAGAAGUGGCAAGGAACCCCUAGCAGUGUCCCGAGUGAGAAGAGGGCCCCAAGGCAUCCAGAAGCCCACAGAGCAGCUUGGGCCACCCCGCCGCAGCCGCAUAUCAGGCCCCAGUACUCAGCCCCUUACUGCCAGAGAGUACCUUUCCACUGCCCGCAGCACAGCCCGUGACAAGAACUUGGCCCGAGUAGCUGAGGUUGAGUCCCAGCGAUUACAAGAGGAGCUGCAGCAGGAGAGAGCUGUCAACACCCAACUGGAAACUCAGCUUAAGUAUCAUGAAGAGGCUCUUCAGGAAUUCCUUCAGCACCAUUACAGUGAAGUGACUGACACCAUGACAAGAGGAGAGUGUGCCAAGCAUAACAUGACUGAGGCGGAGAUACGGAUUGACUACUAUUCAGGCUUGCUAGCAGAGGCCAAGACAGUGAAGGAGGAGGAAGCGGAGAGGCUGCAGGUGCUGACAGCCUUCCAGCAAUUCCUGGCAGCUGUCACUCCUUCACAGUCUCUCAAAGACUUAAAGAGAAAAAUCCAUGAAAUCCAAGAAAGAGUGAAGGAGUCAUCAUCUUUCAUAGAAGGAAAGCCAAUAGAGGGCUCUGAGUUAGCUGAACUUGCUCGAGCAGUUACUGUGGCAACAACUGGUACUCAAGCUGUCUCACCAAGAGGUGAGGGAGGUGGAGGGGGAACACUAGGGGCUGACCUGGCUCUCCUUCGCAUGCUGAGGACAGACACAUCCCAGAGCAGGUCGUCCUCUGGGCUGGGCAGCAAACAAACACCCAUGCAGGCCUCUGAGGUUUCAGAAGACAAGGUGGACGCUGUCCAAGAGGAUGAUGAGGCCUGUGACCACGAAGCUUUUGACCAGUUUUUGGGAGACGAUGAACAUUUGGUUGACCUGGCCAGCAUGUAUGAGUCCCAGUGCCAUGCUUUGCUCGGCCUUCUCACCAGGAUACAGAACCAAACAGAAGCUCUAAAUAAAGAAGUAGACAGUCGGCAGAAAAAACUGAACAGUCGCCUUCAGGAAAUUGAGCAGCUACAAGAAAAGGCUCGAGGGGGAGGCCACGAGGGGCAGCUGCAGGACCUCCAGACACUGAUAGGAGAGUGGCCGAGGCUCUCAGGUGAUGCCGAGGCUCAGGCACAGCUGGACAAACUUGUGGCUCAGAUUGCUGAAGUGGUGAGUGACGUUUUUGGUUCCAGUAAGUAUUCCCCGUUGGUGCCACAGGCUGUCCCAGAAGUGCCUCCACUCAAGAAACUGUCGCCCCAGAACUCAGCAGCAAAAACUAAAGGAGGCGGAGGAGGAGGAGCUGCAACAGAAGGCAAGUCGAGCCCAGGCAAGGAGAGCCCAGUGGAGGAGGUUAUGAGUGAACCAACCGUUAGUGCUGGCAUGGGGCAGGAGGCUCUACUGGCAUUGCUGGAGGCCAGAGUUACAGACCUAUGUGCUCAACUAGACAACAUUGAUCCAGCACUCAGAGAUGCCAUUUUCUUGAAUUGUGAGCAGUCCCGACAAGCUCGGCUUAAAGAGGAGAAGCGACAGGAAACUGAAAUGCGGCGAGCCGAGAGAAAACAACGCCACCUGGAACGAGCCAUGGCUGAACCGCCUUCCAGACCACUGUAGGGUUGGCUGUCACUCAGAUUUUUUUGGCUUUAUGGUAAUUAGAUUACCAUGUAAAUUGUAAUUGUAAUUCACUUUUCUUUAGAACUGUUCUUGGCGUUGGCAUUGUAUUAUGAUAUCUACUAACCAGGUAUGUAAUUAUUUUGUAAUUCGUAUACAUACAUCAUUGUAGAUCCUGUUUCCUGUAGAGGCCAAAUAGGAAGUCAGAGAAGGCAGUCAUAAGAAAUGAAAAUGUAUGAAUUGAAGGUUUACUAACUAUUGAUAAAGAAGUAAAACAUUGUAUGUAGU